GUGAUUGAUUGAUUUUUAUAUUUGUUUUGAUCUCGAAUCAUUUCGCACUUUUUAUCAUCGUAUCGGAAAGAAUAGUCAUACCUAGUCAUGUGGGACGAGGAGACGGAGACGGAAUGUGUCAGCGACAUAGUGAGGCUUACGGCUUGGAAAGCUUCGGAUACGUACGGGGUCCUUUACAAUGAUCUUAUGCAGGAGGUGAAACAUUCUGCGCCGGGCGCUAGGCUCUCGGCACGUCUUAGAACAGCACUUGAAAGACUAUCCCCUGAUGACCGGCGUCUCCUUUGCUCCCGUACUCGCGACGGCUGCGCUCCCCUCUUCAUAGCCUGCCGACGCGGCAACCUGGAGGCUGUGGAGUAUCUUGUACAUGUCUGCAAUGCUGAUCUGGAGCAGCGCGGCGUUUUCGAGGUCCCUGAUGAGCGUUCAGUUCACUGCGUCACAGCGCUCUGGUGCGCCGCCGUGGCUGGCCACCUGCCCGUGCUUCGGGCCCUUGCCGACGCCGGAGCUAAACUAGAUGCUGGCUCGGACUCCGGGUCUACCCCGGUCCGGAGCGCCUGCUUCAUGACCCACCUCGAUAUCGUCAAGUUCUUAGUGGAACGCGGUGCUGACAUACACCGGCCGAAUCACAAUGGCGGAACGUGUCUCAUCAAUUCUGUACAAUCGUUGCGGUUAUGCACAUAUCUCAUCGACCAUGGAGCUGAGGUCGAUGCAACAGACAUGCAGCACAAAACCGCCCUGCACUAUGCGAUACAAGAGCACCGUCUUGAAACAGCGCGUCUACUGUUAGCAAGAGGUGCUGAUCCGCGCCUUACUUCUCGUGCUGGUGACGAUGCGCUACGUACUGCCGCUCUGAAGGGAGCUAGUCAGGUGGUGGCACUACUAGCGGCGCGCGUCCGCUACGGCCCCUCCCGUCUCGCCGACGCAUACGAAUUGUUGGGAGCCACUCAACUGGACGAAUUCAACGAUGUGUCUGCCUGUCUGGCUGCUUGGAGACGAGCCACUGCUCUGAGGCAUGCCACGGGGCAAUACGUGCCUAAAGUACCUGAACAGGUAAAUAAAUACCAACAAAAAGUGCUAGAAGAAGGAGCUACGCAAACGGAUGAAUUCAACUAUGUGUCGGCCUGUCUGGCUGCUUGGAGACGAGCCACUGCUCUGAGGCAUGCCACGGGGCAAUACGUGCCUAAAGUACCUGAACAGGUAAAUAAAUACCAACAAAAAGUGCUAGAAGAAGUUUGCGUAUAUGAAUUGUUAGGAGCUACGCAAACGGAUGAAUUCAACGAUGUGUCUGCCUGUCUGGCUGCUUGGAGACGAGCCACUGCUCUGAGGCAUGCCACGGGGCAAUACGUGCCUAAAGUACCUGAACAGGAGCCGCGUAAGGCGUUGCUGUACAUGCGCGAGUGGCGCACUCUGGCGGAACUAGAAGCGUGCGCGGCCGACGCGGACACUUUACGCAUACAGGCGCUGCUAGUGUGCUGCCGCGUGUUGGGCAAGGAACAUAAGGAACACGUCUUCCGACUCAUGUACCGUGGAGCGUCCUAUGCGGACUCUUUUCGGUACCAGCGUUGCAUCGACUUGUGGACGUGGGCUCUCGAAAUACGGCUAGAGAAGGACUCCAUUCUAUACCCUGACACAUGUCACACAGCGUGCGCGCUAACGCGGUUGCUCCUCGACGCCCGAGGCGCCCUCCCCGCCCAACCCCACGAAGACGUCGUGCACAUUGCUGAACUACUGAUGAACGCAUUGCCCGAGGCCCGCGAAUGGCUAGUGCCUCGGCCCGUGUUUAAGAAACAAGCGGACACGUUCGACCGCGCGCUGCGCUGCCUCGCGCACCUCCUGCACCUCGUGCUGGAGACUGCCGCUACUGACGAGGAACGCGCACGUGUACACCGUCGAAUGCGUCGCGUAGUGGAACUGCAGCUCCGCUCAGCGCACACCUGCGACACACUCCUCCACCUCUCCGUGUCUCGCCUAACAGUCAUCCGUUCCUCUUAUUGUGGGGAGGAAGCAGGCGCCCUGUUCCCUAGCGCGAGCCUGGCUAAGUCGUUACUGGCUGCAGGAGCGGAUCCUCUCCGGCGCAACACGGCGCGCUGCACGGCGCUGCACGUGGCCGCGCUGCCGUACAACUUCAGCUCCGCGCUCGUGGACGCGCUGCUGGCCGGCGGCGCGCACCUCGACCAGCCCAACAAGUUCGGCGACUCCGCGCGCGAGCUGCUCGCGCUCAACGCCGACAGCGACGUGCGCCCGCUGCGGCACGUCACGCUCGCGUGCCUGGCCGCGCGGGCGCUGUGCAGGCACAAGCCGGGGCUGGCGUUAGAUUCCCCGAUCAUACCGAGGCAUCUCGUGCAGUUCUUGGAUUUACAUCGCCCUUAGUUGUUUCCGUUUUGUCACAGUUUCUAAUUUGUCACAUCUCUGUUUUGUUACAAUAACAAUUUUGUCACAAGAUUUGUCACACUUCCAUUAUGUAACAUUUCAAU